GGACCAAACAAGCUCAGCCUCUGUCGAUGAAAGAGUUGGCACCGGCACCACAAGCUGGUGUGCCCUCGCAGACGGCCCGCCACACCCCUGCUUCUUCCUCAAGGAAGCCCCUGGAAAGGGGGUCGUCCUGGUACCUGGGAGGGAGGAGGGAGAGGAGGAGGAGUGGGGAUGGGGAAGAAGGUGGGGUGUUUCACGUGACUGAGCACGAAAGGGGCGGAGCUGGGUCGCCUGGAGGCUGCCUGGUCGCCUAGCAACGGCUCAGCUAGGCAACAUGGAGCCUGUGGCUGACCGGGAGCUUCAGGCCAAGAUGUAUUUAGAAAGACAUCGGAUCAUGGAGUUGCUGAGUCAACUUACUAGCUUCCUCCUCUUUGCCCGACCAAAAAAACCAAGAGAGUAUUUAAUCUCUCUUUUGGAACGUCUGAGAAUUGCCAAGGCAACACGCGUGGCAUUUCCCUACUUUAUGGACAAUUCUAACAUCGCGUCCAUGUUUGACAUGAUGGACACUGCUGGCAGAGGCUGCAUAUCAUUUGUGCAGUAUAAAGAAGCCUUAAAAAACUUGGGUCUGUGUACUGCAGAUGAAGAUUUGGAUGAUGAUGGACAUGUAAUCACUCUGGAUAAAUUCAGGGAUGAAGUGAACAAGAGGAUGGAAAAAAUGUGGUCAAUGUUUUAGUGACAUCGUAACUCAAGAUAAUAAAUGGUCCUACCACGUU